UCUAUUAUUUGGUUUGCCGUCGUAAACAACCGCCGUGUCGUGUCGUGUGCCUGAUCAUAAAUUUGGUCAAACACAUUUAUUUCGUCACUGCAGGUACAACUCGUACAACCAUACAUAAACCCAUUACGGCGACGAUCUGUUCUGGUGUGUGGUUUCUUUUGGCGAAAGCGUAUAAUUACUAUUGGAUUCUUCUGUUGUCCAAAGAAAAUUUUCAUAGUUAAAAACAUCUUCCAUUCGAAAAUCGUGUGGAUGUUUAUUUAAUAGUGCCUUUAGCAGUUUGGUUCUUUAGUUAUCGGUGUAGAAGGACUCCUUCCAGAAGUGACCAACAGCGAGUCAAGUGCCCACAUCUUCAAACCGAAGAGAGAAAAAAAAGUGCUGCUGUAAACUGGUUUUUAUUUUCGGUCCGCCAGUAUAAUUAGGGAUCCACGACGAUGUCAUCACCGAGCAACGAUAGCAGAAAUGGGGCACGACCGGAAGACGACAGCAAAGAUUGCCAGCAAAAGUUUAACCAGGUGCUGGAGGCGCUGCUGGAUCGCAAUUUUAAGAUCAACAACGACGUCUACCUGGAGAUGAUCGUGUCCCACUUGUCCGGAAAAUACGAUAGUGAGUGUCGAAAGCUGCUCAUGUCACAGGAAGUCUUCAAAUGGCUAGGCAAAGCCUUGGAACAAUGGGAAAGCGAUGCGGUGCCUUCGGCGGAUGUGGCUGCAUUCACGUUGCAAAUCUUGGCUCGGAUUGUGGAAAAUGAGUGGGAAUUCGCAAAGGUGCACAAUGCGAGAAUGUUAGAUCGUGUCAACGACUGCAUCAGAAAGCAGCCUAAGCUACAUCACGCUUCAGUGCGAUUGGGGCAUAUGUUGGUGUUGAAAGCCGCUGCAAAGCACGCGAUGGGUUUGGCCUGGAUCAAGAGUUCGGAAUCUUGGAAGAUUUGCUUGGACUACUACAAUGGGCAGAUGCAAACGGUCUACAUUCUGAAGGAGACGUCGCUGUUCAUGUAUGAUGUUCUUGAACGCUUUGGUACAAUCGGAGACUACGAAUUGGUGAAGGAAAUUGUCCACUGCAUGAUAUCUCCUUUGUUGGAUGCGGUUUGGAAGAGCGAAACGUCUGAACAUGAGCAUACGGUUUUGGUCAACGAUGAAAAAUCACAGCGUGUGAUGACAUCAAUGAUGAAUCUGAUGUGCUCGAUAUUCCGGAAAAUACUGGAAGGAAAAAAGCGCAUCCGGGCAGCUUAUUAUGCCCUCAUCACGUACCGUUUUGAGAGGAAUCUCUGGUGUUAUGCCGACACCGUUCAAGAACACAGCUAUCUAACGAAACUUUGGGAGACUCACAUCUUGGCCAAUUGCACCCGUUUGGCAUCUAUGGAUAUCCCUGCAGAGGACACAGUUGCUACUGAUUUGCCCUUCGAGAAGUACACCAUCAACUUCUUGAACUACGUAACGUUUUCCAUUCGAAGGGGCAGCGUUCGUAACGUAAUGCAUAUGGGACAAGUGCACCACCACGCUUGGCGUCUUCUUGGCGAUCGAGCUCCGGCUGAAAUGGUCCUCAAAAAUCAAAACAUCAAAUUCGGGGACCAAAUUCUACUGCUGCUGCUAUUUCCUGUGGUUCACGAAUGUAAACAUCUCGCAUCUAAGGACCCCAAAGACUACAUCGAGCAGUUUUGCAUGAAGUUGUACGACAUUUCGUGCGAAUUUACUGUCCGACUUAUGUACGCCUGCCGAGACCUGUUUCAGAAGUGCAACAUGAGCGUGACCGAGCUGGCCAUCAAAUCCAUCCAGGGGAUUGCUUCACUCCUCACCUUACCUCGCCGGCGAGCCAUUAUUGCCUUCCAGGCUUUCAUACUGGUCCUCAAGGAGUUCCUGCCCGAACAGUGCUUCCUACAGAAUCCAAGCGACUUCUCCAAAACCGAUUUGAUAUUGGCGAAGCCGAAUCUUCUGGAGGCAAUCAUUAAUGCCCUGUACUCACUGAUCAAGCACUUCAAGUUCACCUGGAAAGAGUGCAUCGAAUCGUCUGCCUUGGUCAACUUUAUGCUCAAUUUGCUUGGGAAUCCAAAUCUACCGCCGAGGCAUGUGGUCCUUGCAUUGCGGUUGACUCAGCUAUCAAUCGAGCAUGGUCUGUCACCCAAUUUAGCCCUUCUUAUCGACAAUAUCAAGGGUUCCGGACUGGAGUACGUCGGUCGCAUAAUCCACAAAAGAUUAUUCGAUACCAACUGGGAGGUCCGCGACUCGGCUUUGGAGCUUCUUGCGUCGGUUAUUGAAAUCUCGGGGAUUAAAUUCCAAUCUUUCCAGCAGCACAUUCUUGACUGUGAAAUAAUUCCGGUGGUGGAAGCGGCGGCACGUAACGAUUCUGAACCGUUCGUAAGGGCAUCAGCGCUCCGAUGUCUAACUUUGAUGGUUAAGAUUCGACUGCUGUGGGAGCAAUCGCUGGUGCAGUUUAAUCUACUGAACUACCUGAUCACGGUGCUGGACAACGAAUGUGAAGCCAUUGUCCGCUGUGAGGCGGUCAACACGAUUCGUGAGAUCUACAGUAACCACAAAAUCCAUCCACUGUGCCUGGACAGCGUAUUUUCGGUAUUAGCGUACACCACUGUCAACGAUCUCCACUGGGAGGUGAAACUAAACGCACUAAGCUUCUGGCAAGUCGUCAUUUGCCGCCAGUUCCAGCACCAGGGAACGCUCGAUGGCACCUUCCCGUCGGUUACCUUUUCCAAGGAACACAAGAAGAUCAUAAAUCUAACAAACAGUGAAAUACUGCUGAGGUUACGCAAAGUGUUGAACGAACUUUCGCUCAGAGGAUGCUUGGGUGUGCUUCUGGCCGGCCUCGAAGACAACUGUGACCUGGUGGUGCUGAAACAAAAUAUUGAAAUUAUUCGCGACCUGAUGUCCAUGUUGAACAAAUACAACUACUUGGAAGAUCACGUGAAUAUGGUGGUGGUCGAAUCGUCGAGCGGUGAUCGCACUCAGCGUAAAAGCGGUAUUUCUGUGAUGGAUACGAACUAUUCCGAGCAUACCAAAACGGUGAGUCCACUCAGCUCCUCCCAACGAAAUAACGCCGACUACAGUAGCGGAAAUGUGCCGUGCAUGUUCAACUCCGAGAUGGUCAUCGACUCGAUCGUAAACCUGGACGACGUGAAUCUGCUGUCGAUGAGCUACAAUAACAACACGAAGGUUGGGUUGGAGAUGAUAUCGGGAGCUUCGGUACCCGUUGUGGGUGACUCGGGUAGUUGCGAAGCGAACAAGGUGCACGACGAUCUGUUCAAACAGUUUGCCAAGGUGACUCCGGAUGAUUUCCUGGCCAAGGUUAGCACGAGGGAUCUUGACGAGAUGGUACGAAGUCGGGAGCAGUGGAUGGAAAAGACUGUGAGUUUUUCUUCGUUGUUGGACGACGUACUUUUUUCGUACUACGAAAUGGAGGUUAAUGAUGCCGACUGCUACUGAGAAGACGUGGUAAGUAUGUGGGUAUCUCGAGAAACGGCAAAAGUCAACCGAUUCUAACUAGUGUUAGAAUAGAUGCAGAUGGUAUUUUAGAUUAGGACCAGUACAAGGUCGAUGCAAAACAUGUGUCUUUGUUUGAUUUUUUUCUCUGUUGAAUUUGAAUAUGUUUUCAUUUUUAUUUUUUUGUGAAAUUACAUCACAAAAAUCAUGUUUACCUUUAAGAGCGAUUUACAUUUUUCUAUGACGAAAUAGCAAUGUUCAGAACUAGGAAUAUAUACAUAAAAUUGAAUAUUUUUGCAAAAA